ACGAUGAUAUGAGCCAAUGGUUUCGAGAUGGCGAUGUGUUUUUAAUGGAUCGAGGAUAUCGAGAUGUUGUGCCAUAUCUCCAAAAUAAAGGCAUGCACUGUAAAAUGCCCGAAGUCCUUGCACGUGGACAGCAACAACUUUCAACAGAAGCAGCAAACAAAUCGCGAAUAAUUACGAAGACAAGAUGGAUAGUUGAAGCCCGCAAUGGCCAUUUGAAGUCAAUUUUUAAGUUUUUUGAUGGUUUGAUCCCAAUGGCACAACUUAAUCAUCUAAACGACUUUCUGAAAAUAGCUGGUGCUAUAAUUAACAGAUAUCAUGUCAAUAUCUAUAUGGAGGAUGCAACUGUUCGAUUAGCCAGAGAGUUACUGAAUAGGAUUCAUGAUAUUAAUGUAAUGCAAGCACGGGUGGAAGCUGACGUUAAUCUUACUAGACGUAAUGCUAAUUGGAACCUUCUUAAUGAAAAUCAUUUUCCGCAGUUUCCUAGGCUUGACAUGGCGUAUUUGAAGCGACUGACUAUUGGUAUUUACCAAAUUAAUUUAAGCCCUGCUUACAUACAGGAUAAAAUGGAUAUGGAUAAUAACGAUGUAUUUGAGUUUGAUGAACUAAAUGAACACGGCCUGAUACGUAUGAGAAUACGCUCGCGUUUUCGAAAUGCAGUUAAACAUCAAUUAUGGAUAGCGUUCCAAAACGAAAUUCCGGAGGAAGAGCCUAUCUUGGCCUAUUACUGUAAAUGUAAAACCGGUGCCAGGACUAUUGGUUGUUGUGCUCAUGUUGCCAGUGUGGUAUGGUACCUUGGUUAUGCACGUCAUCAAGAAAACGUGAAAUACCCAAGUACUGCAUUAUUAAACCACAUACUUGAUUGUGCGAACAGAAAUCCUUGAUAAACCGAGUUUUAAAGUGUACAUGUGUAUCUAUCAAAGUAUGUAAAUAUAUGUAGAUAAGAUUGAACGAGUAACACUAUUUUCUUUCAUUUUAUCCGUUAGGUAGUUUGUUUUGUCUGGUACAAUCUACUGUAAAAAUAUGGGUGCAUUAAAAUGCACAAAAAAAUGUUCCAAUGAUUUGUAUGUCGUUGUAAUAAGAACUUCUCAAAACAUUUAUCAAACGAUUUAUUUUUCACUAGAAAAAGACGCUGGAAGUGUCAUAUUACAUUACUGAUAUUACUGUCACUGUGACAAGGUGCGAAUUAGUAGUUAGUACUAGUCUAUUUCCUUGAGGGUACAAAAUAAGUCGUAACUCUGAAAGGGACUCGGCAACAGUGGUAGCCCCCAUAGAGACUUUUGUUCAGGACGAUAAAAUCUAUAUUAUAUCAAAAUCUCAGAAUAUUUAACUGAAACCACAUUUUCCAUACUUAUGGUACGGGGUC